AUGCUGUGUGUCCAAACGGUAUCUGCGAAUAGGCCACCGCGGUUUCUUUUCGAUGGACGCUCAGAAAUAGUUUUAAGAUUAAAGGAAGGGCCUGACACACCUGUUGGGAGUUUAAUAUACCGCUUAAGGGGCGUCGACCCCGAUGGCGACACAUUGCAAUUCGGAAUACGAGAGCAAGUCGGUAGUGAUAUAUUAAGAAUAGAAGCCAUUUCGUCCAACGAAGCUAAUAUUUAUUUAGUUAAGGAAUUAGAUAGAGAAGUACGCGAUGAAUACUCAUUUGUACUAACGUUAACUGAUGGUCACUUGGGGGAGGGUAACUUUAUCACGCAAAGUUUCCUGCUAUUAGUCGAAGAUGUAAACGACAACGAACCUGUAUUUAAACCUUAUCCCUCUGCAAUAACUGUUAAAGAAGACGCACCGCCCGGUGUUUUGCUUACCGUAGAAGCAACAGACCUUGACGAAGGAGCUUAUGGACAAGUUUUGUACAAUUUGCAAGAAUUAGAUGGCGAUGUGGAUAACUUUGCUAUUCAAACUGUAAAUGGAAAAGGGGUGAUACGUUUAACAAACCGGUUAGAUUAUGAACAAAAAUCGUUGUAUCAAUUGCGAGUUCUAGCAGUAGAUAGAGCGAACCAAGGGAGAGUAAAUACGGGUACGGCUGCUAUAUUAGUUAAAGUUCAAGAUAUUGAGGAUCAACCUCCUGAGUUUAUCGUCGCAAGUCCAGUUACGAGGAUUAGUGAAGAUGCACCCGAGGGAACUUCAGUAUUACAAGUUCGGGCAAUUGAUGGUGAUAGAGGGAUCAAUAAUCGAAUCUCCUACAGUAUCAUAUCUGGUGGAGAGGAGCAUUUUGAUAUUGAUAGCAGCUCUGGAAUUGUUUACACUAUUAGUCCAUUAGACAGAGAAGAUCCUAAUAAUAGCAAUGGAGCUUACAUAUUGGAAAUUUUGGCCACAGAAGAAUCUCACAUGGUCUCGCCCUUGCCAAGUGCUACUACUGAAGUAACUGUUAUAAUAACAGAUGUGAAUGAUGAAAAACCAAGAUUUCGCAGUGAGAGAUAUGUUGGAGAAAUCAUAGAGAAUGCUCAACAAAACACACCUAUAACAUUCCUUCAAGAUGCUGUACCAGAAGUGUUUGAUUACGAUCAGGGUAAAAAUGGAACAUUUGAACUCUAUUUAGUAGGUGAUAAGGGUGUUUUUGAUGUGACACCAUUUAAAGGUAUCAAUGAAGCAUCUUUCUUAAUAAGAGUAAAUGAUCCGUUAUACCUGGAUUAUGAGGAAGUUACAGUCAUGAAUUUUAGUUUAGUAGCUAAAGAAAUUGUUGCUAAACAACCAAAGAUGAGUGUAGUUCCAAUAACAGUGCAUAUAAAAGAUGAGAAUGACAACUUUCCUGAGUUCACUGAAUCUUUAUAUGUAGUUUCUGUGCCUGAAAAUUGUGGAGUUGGUACAACUGUAGCGUGGGUGCAAGCAUUAGAUCAAGACUCGGAUAACUAUGGUACAAGAGGUGUUAGAUAUACCAAUCUUGGUGGAAGUAUUGCUCACUUAUUACAUCUUAACCCCAUAUCAGGCGUGAUAACUGUAAGGGAAGCUGGCGAUGAAAACUUUGAUCGAGAACUUGUGUCGAGACACUACCUCACUGUUGAAGCAAGAGAUGAUCAGGGUAAAGGUAACAGAAACACAGUACAAUUAAUAAUUAAUAUAGAAGAUGUGAACGACAACGCACCGAUGUUCCUUGCAAAUAAGUACGAGGCGAGAUUGUUGGAGAAUGAACUCGAAUUUGAAAACCCUCUUUUUCUGGAAGCAAGAGAUAUUGAUUUAAACGGAACAAAAAACAGUCACAUAGAAUAUUCAAUAGUUGGUGGCGAUUACAAGAAUAACUUCUCGAUCGAUCCACACCUCGGUAUCAUAAUUCCGUCGGUCGCUGUGGACUUCGAACAGAUUCCCGGGGACAACAGCAAUAUACGACCUAUACAUUUAACUGUGCUCGCUCGAGAUUUCGGCGUGCCGCCGCUGUCGUCCACAGUGCCGGUAACUAUAUACGUACAAGACGUGAACGACCACGCGCCGCUCUUCACACAGACCGUGUACCGGCGCGCCAUCCCCGAGGACAUGCCUGGUGGCACUAGUGUGCUAGAGGUUAAAGCCCGAGACGGAGAUGGGUCGUCGCCAAAUAACCGUAUAGUGUAUCGGAUACAGCGCGGCGCGAGCGACAAGUUCGUGAUCGACUCCCGCACGGGGCUGGUGUCGGUCGCUAACGGGUCCAAUUUAGACCCGGAUAGGACCGACCCGAAAACUACCCGGUAUACUUUGACUGUGGUGGCACUGGACGGAGGUAUCGGAGAUCAACAAUUAAGUUCAUCUGUAAUCGUAAAUAUUACUAUAGUGGACGUGAACAAUAAACCGCCGAUACUUCUAGAACCCGGAACUGUACAUGUUAUGGAGAACACACAGGUCGGAACACCAAUAUUCAGAGCUCAGGCAUACGAUUUGGACGAACAACCGGUGUUACGGUUCGCCAUAGACAAGGCGUCUAGUUACGCGAGGGACGAAGACGGUAUACCGGUACCGAUAACAGAAUAUGACUAUCUGUCUCUAUGGGAUUUGAAUACUGUUGAUGGUACUUUGAAACUUAUUAGAUUAUUAGAUAGGGAGAAAGUUGAAAUUAUAAAACUAGCGAUCACAGUAGAAGAUAUGGCAGCUAUAGACGACGGUCCGGAACAAAUUGCCCAAGAGAUACUGACAAUUGUCGUAGAGGAUGAAAAUGAUAAUAAUCCGAAGUUCAGAAAACCAUUCUAUAAAACAUCCAUAACAGAAAACUCUAAGAACGGAUUGCAUAUCGAAACUGUGACAGCCGAUGAUGCAGAUAAGAAUCGGACUAUGACGUAUUUUCUCGAAGGUGCUGAAGAGUUAAGAAGUCUCUUACAUUUGGAGAGUUCAACGGGCGAGUUGGUGGUCGCUAACAAAAUAGACCACGAAAUAUAUUCCUGGUUGAAUAUAACCGUCAAAGCUGUGGACAGCGGGGUCCCGCCGAGGUAUGCUGUGGUGGAUAUGUUUAUACAGGUGCUAGAUGAGAACGAUAACAACCCUAUAUUCGACCCUUCGCCCUUCGAGUACCGUGUGAGAGAGGACGCCGAGCCCGGAACCACUGUAACUAAUAUAUCAGCAAAGGAUGCAGAUUCCGGGGAAUAUGGGAAGAUUACGUAUCUACUUGAUCGUGUUUCUACACAGGGCAAGUUUCUAAUAAACGCGGACACAGGCGCGUUGAAGGUGUCGGAUUGGUUGGACCGGGAGGCGCAGACGUCGUACAACCUGGUGGUGGAGGCGUGGGACAAUUAUCAGUUUGGAUACCUCAGUGGGGAGAGCAGGAAUGCUUUUAAACAGAUAGUGGUGUACAUAGAAGAUGUAAACGACAACCCGCCGGUGUUAAAUCUGCCAACAGAAUGCGCCACCAUCACUGAGUUUCACAACUAUAGGGAACCCAUAGUGUCCAUAUCCGCUACAGACGCGGACGAUAACAACACGCCUAAUGGGAGAGUGCAGUUUCAUUUGGUCGGUGGGAAAGGACAUGAUCUCUUCCGUUUCGAGCAAGUGGGUGGUGACGCGAACACGGGUCGGCUAUUCGCCAAACACUCGUUAAAGGAUCGUUUUGGUAACUACUCCCUCAUAGUGGAGGCGAGAGAUCUCGGCAUUCCGGCGAACGUUGUGAGAGGGGAAUUACAUGUCUGUGUGAUGGAUUUCAACGAUCAUGCACCUAUAUUUGUGCAUCCUACACAGAAUGUCACCAUUAAAGUACCUGAGAACGCAACAAUAGGUAGUACAGUUGUGGAAGUGCACGCGAUAGACGCGGACGUGGGCCCCAACGGCGCCGUGCGCUACCGCCUGCGCCAGGACGACCGCUUCACGCCCUUCACGCUGCACGCCACCAGCGGCGUGUUACGCACUACACGCCCUCUCGACAGGGACAAACAGACUAUCUAUCAGUUAAGAAUAGAGGCAUACGACCUUGGACUCCCGACUCCGCUCAGUUCCGACCUGGAUUUAACUAUAUAUGUACAGAAUGUCGACAACUACCGCCCCAGGUUCCCAUACAAACACAUAAAUUUGAAUAUAACUGAAAAUAUGCAAAAUUAUAGUACGUAUUUACCAAGUGUCAUAGAGAGGGAUGAAAUAGACAGAGGAGACGAACCGGUGUUGCCAGUCUGCUUUUAUAUUGUGGACGGCAAUGACGAUGGCAUGUUCGAUUUGGAGAGAAAUACUCAUAGAUUAACAUCAAAAGCCUUGGAUAGGGAAGUUAAAUCCCAAUACUCACUGACAAUACUAGCUACAGAAGACUGUUUGUCCAAACCGACAUAUGAUGAAGAUUUAGACGGUAUAAGUACUUUGAAUGUGCACGUAAUAGUUAACGACUUGAAUGAUAACAGUCCAACGUUUGUGAGCAAAAUUUUCACUGGAGGAGUGACUACUGAGGCCGAUUUUGGUAUAGAAUUCAUGCAUGUUAAGGCUAUAGAUUUGGACGAAGGCAUCAACGCAAAAAUUAAUUAUUAUCUUCUUGGCGAAGUAAAAGAAACUUUAACAGAGGGUUUGGAAAACUUAGCAGUAUCGCCUUUCUUGGUGAAUGUUGAAACCGGCGCUGUUUCGCUAAACUUCGACCCUCAAAAGGGAAUGAAGGGCUAUUUUGAUUUUAAGGUAUUAGCAAAUGACACCGACGGACUGCAAGACGUGGCACACGUUUUCAUUUACUUACUAAGAGAAGACCAACGUGUGCGUUUCGUUCUACGCUCCCAUCCUUCGGAGAUACGAGAUAAAAUACACACAUUCAGAGAAAAACUCGCCCUUGUAACGGAAUCUGUUGUGAAUGUUGACGACUUGAGAGUACACGAGAACAAAGAUGGAUCAGUGGACAAUACUAAGACUGAUCUGUAUUUACAUUUAGUGAACGGUGAAGACCACUCUGUGUUGGAAGUGGACCAAGUGUUGAAGUUGGUCGAUAAGAAUAUAGAGCAGCUAGAUGAUUUGUUUAAGGAAUUCAACGUAUUAGACACUCAGCCGGCAGAGUACGAGCCCCUCACGGCCGACACUCUAACAUCCAACCAAACAGUAUACUGGCUCGUUUGGACAACUCUAUUUCUCGCCGUACUUCUUGUGAUCUCCAUCAUGACUUGUUUAUCGCAAAGAGCGGAUUACGUGAGGAAAUUGAAAGCUGCCACGGCUACCGCUUAUUCAUCUCCCACAGCACGUGAAUCCGAUAUGACAAUUCGCAGUUCUGGAGGUAGAGUACCAAACACAAACAAACACAGUACAAAGGGAUCAAAUCCAAUAUGGCUGCACGCAUACGAAAACGACUGGUAUAAAUCAGAUGACCAAUUAAGUCACUCAGAAAGAGAUUCACUCGACGAAAAUGCGGUCGACCAAGAUUUGACAAACGAGAAACCAUAUUUCAUAACAACCGCCGCAUUCCCUUCGAUACAAUCAAACGAAACAGAAACUGAAACCAACCAGGGGAAUUAUGAUUUCUAUCAACAGUUGGAGCAAAUGAAAAACGCCAAAAAUAUGGAGACCACUGAACUU